AUGGAGAAUAAUCUCUCAAAGCCCAGCUCAAGCCAGGAAGCCAAGUCUUGGUCGUCAAGGCAGCUUGUCCCUUCGUCAAGCUUGGGCAAUCUAUCUUCUUUCAUGUCGACACGAGGCAUCACAGAUUCUCCACUUCCAGUCUCCAAGAGCCCUUAUUUCGUCCAGCCAGAGGGAAUCAAGAAGCCGGAAAAAAGAAAGCCACCACAGUGUGCAUCUACAUCUACAUCUACAUCUACAUCUACAUCUACAUCUACAUCUACAUCUCCUGAAACAAUCCUCAACAUCAUACCUCCACCAUUUCCGCUCACACGACCUCCCACUGAAAAGCUCACAUGCUUCCUUUCAACAAAGCUCUUCAAGACCCAUCUAACCCACAUCCGACACCUCGAGAGUAGCCCAGGCCUCAAUCUCGUCUACCGAGACUACGAUCCAAGGUCACCUGAAGCCGACAUCAUCAUCUCGCCAAGAACAGGAAUCAUCUUGACCUCCACCCAUAUAUUGACACAGAAAUACCUCCCGGGAGACAAAGGCUCUCGAGCCGACAUCACAUCCCCACUCAUGGAGCGCAUCUACGUGACCACACCCCGCUACGAGACGCUCUACAUCUUCAUCUGCGUGGCGUCCACCAAGGCAGACAAGCAGAUGCAAGAGGCGCUCAACACUCUGUCAUCGUUCUGUACUUCGCUCAACGAGGAGACGACCAUCGUUCCUAUGAUUGUCUCAGAAGCUGACGGGCCCGUAGCAGACUGGAUUGAGUACCUCGGUCACAAUGAGCUUCCUUCCAUGAUGCCUGCAAUACGGUCACUGCGAUCGCAGGAGACGCGGUGUGAGGUUACACUUUGCGGGUAUGGACUUAAUCCUUUCGCCGCACGCAUGGUUCUGGACGCGGGUGUGAAGUUGGACAGCUUCCUUGGAAUGAGCACUGAGAAGCGCCGUCUUCAGUUCGAAGAUCUACUCGGUCAGCGAAUUCUACGACGAGUCGAGACAGCCAUACAGAAGGACAAGAAACUAGGAGACCGUGGGAGACGAUGA